UACCACGUAGGGACUAGAUUAUUUACUGCGUCGCUGCCUUCAAGAGAAUACUGGCUGGAGGCCAGUGGCAGGGUUAUCCAAAUUUGUAGCCCUCCUUGGCACAGUUGGGAUGGUGCAUAAAGAAUGGAACAUACAGUUGGGAACGAGAUUGACGUUGCGAAUCUGCAGACUGCGUUCGGAGUAUUAUUUAGGGGUUGUUGUGUGCGCUGGACCAAUAUCUCUGUGGCUGCGGGAAGUGGCAGUUUCCAGCUGCCUUGCUGUAGACUCAUCAAGAGCGAGCAGGGUGGUUGUAUGAGGGAUGUGAGAAGGUCGUCGUCAGAUAUAUCUGUGCUACUGUUGAGGCGGCACUGGGCGAGUUUCUUUUUUCUUUUUUCUUUUUUUUCUUUCUUUUUGCAUUUCGCGAAUCUAGCAGCGAUCAACAUGACAGAGAUUGCGAUGGGUAUGGCCCGUCAGCAGCAGCAGCAGCAGCACUCUGCUAGCGCGACGUCGUCGUGUGUGCCGGUCUUUGACAAGCAGGAGGAAGACCAGACACCGCUGGUGGUACCUGAACAACUGGAGGCCCAUCACGAUCAUGUGGAUUCGAAUUCGGACACAAAUAGUAGCGCCUCGGAUGUGGACUCGAAGACGGGAGUGGCUACUGCAGACACCAAGACUCGUGGGAGGAAGAAGAAGGGUACUGCGGCAUCUUCUUCUUCGGGGUCUGGAAAUGGGCAGGAGCGAGUGCGCAAAAGACGAGGGGGUCCAGAGAAUGGAUUGCAUCAGUACCGAGGAGUGAGGCAGCGACAGUGGGGUCGAUGGGUUGCAGAGAUUCGCGAGCCGAGAUUGAGGACGCGCAUGUGGUUAGGGACAUUUAGUACCGCUUUAGAGGCCGCGAGAGCAUACGACGAAGCUGCACUUGUUUACCAUGGUCCUGGAGCGAGGCUUAAUCUGCCACAUGAGACGACACAAAAAUCAGAGAACGUUCCGCAGCUAGGCAAUCAAGGGGUGGAAUAUCAUUACGGACAUUUGAAAACGAACAAGUUUAUGGGUCUGGGAGUUCCUGCUAACCUUCUCAUAGGAAGCGAUGUGGCAAGUACGGAUAAAUAUUUCAUGAGUGUUGACACAUCGCGAUUACGUCAAUCGUCCUCCUGCAGUGUGGAAAAUAUUGGGCAACCUGCUGGGUUUAAUUUAAACCGCGAUCCAGAGUGGUGGAUUUCUUGUGGCAGUUUUCGUCCAAACUCUAUACCCCAAUCAGUUCCAAACUUUUCCAACGUACCUCCCUCGACGUCAUCGUGUAAUGUUGGCUCUGAGCGUUUUCAUCUGUCCCAAGUGCCAAUCAAUUUUCAGACGAUUCCAAUCUCAUGUAAAUUGCCACCUGAUCGACAUGAGCUUGUGCAAGGCUUUCCAGUUCCCCAACAGCUGUCUGCUGGAUUGUUUCAUAGCAAAUACACUCAAACUUUGGGCCUUCGGUCUCCUAAUAUUCAUUGUGAGCUCGGCUCGGAUUGUCCUUACGCAGACAGGCAGGGAAGAGGCUUGCAUCGGAAUGACACGCACAAUACGGGAGCUGUGAUGUUUGCGAAGAGUAGUACCACUCAGACUGAUUCUUUCUUUGAAUCAAACCAGAAUGAGCCGUUGAAAGUUCCUAUUGGUGAUGCAUCUCCAGACAUGGCUCCUACUUUCACAGCAACACCACAUCAGCCUGAGCAGCCUGUGGCGGUCCUUGUACCUGGUGAGAGCACUGCAAUGUUCAACCCACCUCCUCCAAGCGACGUAUCUUGUCAAUACUGCUCCAACGUUGAAGCUCCUAAGAAAUUCGAGUGUCCCAUUUCAGAGGGUUCUGCUGAAAACUCGUUUGUGACUGAGUUCGAAAAAUUCGACUUCGAGUCUGACGCGUUUCAGUCCAUGGACAGCUCGAUUGAGUCUCAACAUGAUAAACUUGUAAGUGGUGUGACGGCAGCAACUGCUGUUAUGGACCACGGCCCACCCGUUUCAUCUGAGGCCUCCCCAGUCAGUCUACAGGGCGCCGACUUUGGUGAUGAAGGCUCGCCGAGCUCAUUUUGGCCGGACAGCACCACCUCGAGCCACCAGUCACUCAACGCAUCUGAGUCAUGUCCAUGGAGCAACAUACAAGAGGAGCGUUACAUGUUGAAACUUUGUCCAGUUUUCGAAGACAUGAAUGGAUGUUGGGAUGAUGCGGGAAGUCCCAUUCUUCCCCCGCCGUCCCUGCUCGAUCUCCCAGACUUGCCCAACUUGUCAUUUGAUUCUCUGACAGAAGUUUUCUGCGACACACCCAAGGUGAACGACGUCGACAAGGCAGCAAACUUCCCCGACUUGUAGCCAACGUGAAUUUUACCUUCAACAUUCUUUUUUUAUCCAAUUUACUAAUCGUUUUGUCACAUUAGAACAGUAGAUUCUAUCUCGUCCGACAGUUAGCGAAGUAGAGAGACCUUAAGGUUGAUGUAAAAUACGCAUAUCCAUUUUGACAGUUGCGCGCAAACACUGUACGUUAGAGCAAGCCUUCCAAUUCUUCCAUUUUAAAUUUUUUCUUUCAGUCGCAGAAAUGCAAAGACGCCUAGCAAUGCGUUGCUAGGAGGGAAAGGCCCCGCCAGCGACUUACCCCCCAAUUGGAAAGUGGUGGAGCUUUUAUAGAAAGAACGGAGUCGACAGGGUAAUUUAGUUUUGCGAGGAGUCUUAUUAUCAAGCCACUUCAAGGAAAGAGAAAGACUUUCUUUUUUUCCUUCUUGUCCUUCUUAUCGAGGUUAGUUUCGAAGGGAAGGAGCUCACUCUGCUGUUUAGGUUGUCACCAAUCUCUGGAUUAGUUCAAAAAGUUGCCUUUGAUCCAGCCAUGGAUCACCUGUUCAUCAGUGUAAUACAAAAACGUCUCAUCACUCAUAAAUCACAAUCCCUGCUGGACUUGCCCAA